AACAGAAUAUCUCAUUUGUAUCAUCUUAGUUUGUUAUCUCUCUUUCUUGCGCCCCACCCUCUCAACUCAACUCAACUCAACUCAACACCAUCACUCGCCUCUCUCACUCUCUCUUAACAUAAACCGAUUCAAUAAAUUAUCUUCCCUUCUCCUCCAUAACCUAUAUCAAUACACCAAAUUCUCAUGGAAUUCAAGAUUCAAUGAGAUUCCUCUCUCUAUUUCAAUUAUUAUGGCAUCUGCACCUUCCAUGUCAGUUUCUUUGGAGUGUGUGAACGUGUGCAAUUUGUGGAGAGGGGAUGGAAAUGGAAGAUAUGAUUGUAGUCUUCUAUCGUGUGCGUGGAAAGCUCCUAGGGUUCUUACCGGAUUUCUUGCUACCACGGCUCAUCCUCAUCAAUAUUCUUUGUUGAAUGGUCCAAAUGGAAGAAGGAACCGGUAUAAUUUUGCAUGUGAAACCUUUAGCACAGUAGGUUCAUGUUCCGAUGACAUGGUUGAUAUCACAUUUCACAAUGGAUUCUCUAGAUCUAUGUUGUCUAGAUUUGCUCCCAGCCGAUGGCAAUUACCGUGUUCUUCGGCAUUUUCAUCAGAUACUGCCAGCGAAUUUUCACCUGAAAGUUUGUGGGAGGAUCUUAAACCCGUGAUCUCGUACCUGCCUCCUAAAGAAUUGGAGCUAGUCCAUAAUGCUUUUAUGUUAUCAUUUAAAGCGCAUGAUGGUCAGAAAAGACGCAGCGGUGAACCCUUCAUCAUUCAUCCGGUUGAGGUUGCACGAAUUCUAGGAGAACUUGAACUUGACUGGGAGUCAAUUGCUGCUGGAUUACUUCAUGACACCGUUGAAGAUACAAAUGUUGUGACUUUUGAGAGGAUAGAGGAGGAAUUUGGUGCUACUGUGCGCCACAUUGUGGAAGGAGAGACUAAGGUGUCAAAACUGGGAAAGUUGAAGUAUAAGAAUGAAAAUGAUUCUAUUCAAGAUGUGAAAGCAGAGGAUCUUCGACAAAUGUUUCUGGCUAUGACAGAGGAGGUUCGAGUUAUUAUCGUCAAAUUAGCAGACAGGCUACAUAAUAUGCGCACUCUAUCACAUAUGCCUCAACAUAAACAGACUAGCAUUGCACUGGAGACAUUACAGGUAUUUGCUCCUUUGGCAAAGUUGCUUGGGAUGUAUCAAAUUAAGUCAGAACUAGAAAAUCUAUCAUUUAUGUACACAAAUGCUGAAGAUUAUGCUAAGGUGAAGAGAAGAGUUGCCGACUUGUUCAAAGAACACGAGAAAGAUCUUUUAGAGGCAAACAAAAUAUUGUUAAAGAAAAUCCAAGAUGAUCAGUUCUUAGACCUGUUGACAGUUAAAGCGGAAGUCCGUGCUGUGUGUAAAGAGCCCUACAGUAUCUAUAAAGCUGUGCUCAAAUCUAAAAGUUUGAUCAAUGAGAUUAACCAAAUUGCACAGCUUCGUAUCGUUAUUAAACCAAAGCCGUGCAUUGGGGUUGGGCCUUUAUGCAGUCCACAGCUGAUUUGCUACCAUGUUCUUGGGUUGAUCCAUGGAAUCUGGACUCCUAUUCCUAGAUCUAUGAAAGACUAUAUCGCAACCCCUAAACCUAACGGGUACCAGAGUCUUCAUACCACUGUGAUUCCAUUUUUGUAUGAGAGUAUGUUUAGGCUUGAAGUCCAGAUUAGAACAGAAGAAAUGGAUUUGAUAGCUCAGAGGGGAAUUGCAGCUCAUUAUAGUGGUAGAGAAUUUGUUACUGGUUUGGUUGGAAGUGCAUUGCCCAGUUGUAAAAGCUCACGGGGGAAGACAGUGAGUCUUACGAAUGCCAACAUUGCACUCAGAAUUGGCUGGCUCAAUGCAAUUAGAGAGUGGCAAGAAGAGUUUGUUGGCAACAUGAGUUCUAGGGAAUUUGUGGACACUGUUACAAGAGAUCUUUUGGGCAGCCGUGUCUUUGUAUUUACACCCAGGGGAGAGAUUAAGAAUCUUCCUCAAGGUGCUACAGUAAUUGACUAUGCUUAUAUGAUACACACUGAAAUUGGCAACAAGAUGGUAGCUGCAAAGGUCAACGGCAAUCUUGUUUCUCCUGCGCGUGUGCUUGCAAAUGCAGAAGUUGUGGAGAUAAUCACAUAUAAUGCACUUUCCAGCAAAUCAGCUUUUCAGAGGCAUAAGCAGUGGUUGCAACAUGCUAAAACACGUAGUGCGAGACACAAAAUAAUGAAGUUUCUGAGGGAGCAAGCUGCAAAUUCCGCUGCUGAUAUCACUACAGAAGCAGUUAAUGACUUUGUUAGUGAUUCUGAAGGGGAUAGUGAAUCUGAAAAUCUGUCAAAUGGUUCUGGUGGUUCCAAACAUAAGAGGGGGAAAAUAUUAUUGAACGGUGUGGAAAUAUCAACUUCAGGAAAAAGAAGUGAGACUGUUCUCCAGAGUAAGAAUGGAAGUGUUUGGACCCCCAAGGUCAAUGGAAAACACAAUAAGCAUGUGCAUCAUGCUAGUUUGAAAGGCAAAGGGGACAUGAUGCUGCAGGGAAACCAUGUCGCGAAUAUGAUUCAAGUUAACAAUCCAAAAUAUAAGGAAAUCCUGCCGGGUUUAGAAAGUUGGCAAGCCCAGAAAAUUGCAUCUUGGCACAAUAUAGAAGGGCACUCCAUCCAAUGGUUAUCUGUAGUAUGCAUAGACAGAAGAGGCAUGAUGGCUGAGGUCACUACAUCAUUGGCCAAUGCAGACAUAACCAUAUCUUCUUGUGUGGCUGAGAUUGAUGGAGGAAGGGGAAUGGCUGUUAUGUUAUUUCACGUGGAUGGAAACUCAGAAAAUUUGGUGAGUGCUUGCUCUAGAGUAGAUCAAAUACUGGGAGUUUUGGGGUGGUCUACUGGCUGCAGCUGGCCAAGCUUGAUGGAAAACCACGACGUACUUGAAUGCUAGAUGAUUUGGUUGCAAUUGCGAUUGCAGAUCAAUCUGGAACUAAGUUUUGUCCGCAGAAUCGCAGACAUUUCUAUGUCUAAAUUUUGGUUUAUAGUUCUUAUAUAUUUGUUCCAACUCACUAACCCAAUAAACUGGCAGCAGCCAAUUGAGACAGAGACUCAGAAAGUCGAAACUGAAGGCACUGUAUAUAGAAAAGAGUGAUAGGAUAAAGGAGUAUACACCAUAAAGUACUUGUGCAGCAUUUACACAAGGAGCUUGUUAGAUUCUCUUUACUUUAAUUCCAUUCCUACCAAAUGUGUGAUAAAGUGCUCGGUACAAUGGUAUUCAUAAUAGGGUAGGGUUAGCAAACGGACAUUCUGAAUUCUUUCUUUCUAUUUAUACUUGUAAAAAGUUUCACUUUU